CCAUAAGAGUGACCAUCCAGGGACGCACGGGCUCUAUCAUAAGACCACACCGCCUGAUGCCAAGCAGCACCGUGAGCGCAAAACGGAAUCAUGCCCGUGCCCAAGAAAGCAGGAAGGAGAACCAGCAACUCUACAGAAGUGACUCUGCCGCCGUAUGAGCCAAAUGUCCCUGAACCAACCACCAGGGCUGACUUCAUGAAAUACUGGGUCCCCAUCUCUCUGGAUGAUAAAACUGCACAGAAGCUGUUGUGGAUCUCAGAAGGCGCGUCCAAGGUGGCCCGCACAUCAGAUGCAGUCUGCCCGUACCCCAACAGGCCUGACAGAUAUGAACACUCACCUCAGGUGCUGUGUAAGGAGAAUCUGCUGGGCCAUCGAGGCUACUGGGAGGUGGACUUCGACGGCUGGGUGGUGAUCGGGUUGGUCUGUGAGAAGGCGCCCCGCAAGUCCUCCGACGGGGCCUGCGGCCUCGGGGAGAACGACGGCUCCUGGGGCGCCGGCUGGUCUGGAUCCUGCUACCAAGUGUGGCACAACGGCGAGAACGUGGACGUCCAGCUCCCCCUGACUUCCACCAUGGGCGUCUACAUCGACCAGCCCGCCGGCAUCAUCAAGUUCCUCUUGGUGGAGGGAGAGGGCGAGAGGGAGGUGCGGCUGAUUCACAAGUUCAAAGCCAACAUCCAGGAGAAGGUUUUCCCCGGGUUCUGGGUUGGCACAAAUUCAUUCUGCCUUAUUCGGAAAAGGGAUCAGUGACACGGCAGAGGGUUUCGCAUGCAGGGGGGGAGAGGGUGAAGGAGUGUAAAUUUAAGAUGGUGUCAGGAGGGGAAUGGCAAGGUUGUGAUGAUUUGGGGAACAAAUGUUGGGAGGUGAAAGGCAGAACUGAAGCACGUGGUGACAUCUUUGUAGAUUAUAUUUACUUUCUCUAAUGCAUGAAGAAAGCUUAUCAUUUCAUAAUAUGUCCAAAGAUGCCCAGUUGUUUUACUAUUAUCGUGUAUCUAUUUAUGUAUUUUAUUCAACUUAGAUUUUAGGCAAAGUCUUGUUUGAUUUUGUAACAUGCAGGACUUGGAGGUAGUGGUGAGCUUGCUUAACUUAAGAGUCUGUAUGAUUUUUUUUAAUGUGAGGAAUGCGGUCAAUAAAUUUAACUGUAAAUGCAUUAUUUCUGUGUGGUUCUACUGUCAUCUUCAUCACUUGUGCACUAGAGCGUUGCCGCCCUCUGGAGGCCAUUCACAACAUUGCAUCCUCACACAUAUUCCACAGAGAGUCUCUUUUUUUAUCUCUUGGUGUUGCUCCUUUAUUUCAAACAAAAAAGUACUUUUAACGGAACAUUUAUUUGCUUCUGAAAAAUGUCAGAGAUGGACAUUUGUUCCUUUCAAAUUCAACCCAUCAUUCUUGCUCUUGCGCUCUUGCUCUCUCUCUCUCUCUCUCUCUCUCUCUCUCUCUCUCUCUCACACACACAGACAGUUUCUCAUCCAUUCACUCAUCUCAACCAGAUCUUCUGGAGCAAGAAAAAAAAA